AUGGCGUUAAACAAAAAGUUACGUCUUACGCGCCCUUUCAACCAAAAUUUUGCCGUGGCUUGCAUGUUGUUCUGUCUGCCCGGGAUGUACAACGCCAUCACCGGACUGGGCGCUGGUGGUGGAAAGCCAUCGUCCCUAGAAGUCGCAAACAAUGUUAACGCAAUCAUUUACGUCUUCCUUGGCUUCGGCUCGCUGGUCGUUGGAUUUCUGCUCAACAAGCUAACCCCGAAGGUCUGUCUGAUGAUUGGUGCAACAGGGUACCCCCUUUACAUAGGCGGCCUCUGGUACUAUGACCGGUCGGGAAACCAAUGGUUUGUCUACCUCGCAGGUGUCCUUAACGGAAUCUCCGGCGCUUUUCUGUGGGUUACGGCUGCUUUUGUUCAAUUUUCAUAUCCCGAGGAAAAAAAUAAGGGUCUGUAUAUCAGUAUGCAGUGGGCUAUGCGAUCCGUUGGCGCAACGUGCGGAUCAUUCAUUGCGUUUGGCGCCAAUUUCCACGCGACCAAGGCUGUCGGAGUGUCAACUCCCGUGUACGUGGCUUUCAUUCUUAUUCAGUCUGUUGCGUUCUUCAUUGCAUUGUUUUGUAUCGUCGACCCGGAACGGAUAGUGCGCGACGAUGGGACACACAUUGCAAUUUUCCAAAAGGUUGGGAUCGUCCAAGAAAUCAAAGGCCUUUGCAAAGCUGCAAUCGACACGCGUUAUAUCAUUCUUGCCAUCCCAAUGUUCUGCUGUGAGAUGGCCCUAGGUCUUCUAAGCAGUGUGAACUCGAGGUCCUUCAAUCUUCGCACCAGGGCCCUCAACAACCUGUCUUUCAACAUGAUUCAGAUGUUCCUUCCACCACUUCUGACGCUCAUCCUGGACAACAAAUACAUCAACUCCCGUCGCGCUAGGGGAUACAUGGGCGUGGCCCUGACGGGAACCAUCGCCUCUGGUGGUGCAGCGGGCCUUAUCGCCUGGAUCGAGCUUAAUAAGAUCGACGAGUCUUCGAAACCCAGGGCCUGGGACUGGACUGACGGAAUGCGAUGGGGACCUCUCUUCGUCUGUUACCUGUGCUUUGGCUGCACGUAUGCAGGUUACCAGAUGGUCACCGAGUAUACAUUAUCCUCCACGACCAAUGAUCCUGAACAACUGUCCAAAGUUGCUGGUCUCUUCAAAUUCUACUCAAGCCUUGGAAUGUUCUUGUCCUUUAUCAUGGCGGGCCAGCACGUGCCAUUUUAUGGCCAGGCAAGCGUCCAACUUUGCUUGUAUUUCUUGGGCAGUUUCUGCAUACUUUACAUUCUCUGGCGGAAGGUUCUGGAAACCAACUACUUCAGCGAAACAAAUGUUAUCGUUCCCCAUGCCAUCGAGGAGCACGCGAGGUUGGAAGGAAAGAUCGUAGAUACGGGCGCUCAAGAGCAAACCACAGGGGCUGAGGAGAUUAAAACUAUCAGAGAGAAGGCCACGGGUAACUGA